AUGGGUGGAUUUUACAUGCAGUACCUGGAAAGUCUCUGCCGCCGCCGUGGAUGGACAGACCCUGCCUACGAAUGCUACCGCGACCCCAAUGGCUUUACAUGUCACGUUCUUGUUAAUGGCCGCGAGUAUCAGACUGAUCUGGCAUACGCGUCGGACAUGCUAGCCCAGGAAAACGCCGCCAUGCGUGCCUUCAUGGUCUGCCGCAACUUCUCCGUCAACGGAGGCAUGCUGGCCCGCAACGGCAUUGUCCAGGGUCUCCCCGCCGCACCGGAGAGCAGUCGCCGACGAAAGAGCCGCCACACUUCCUCCCGGGACAGCUCUGACCACAGCAGCGGCCGACGAUCGGGCCACCACUCGAGCAGCAGCUCGACUGCCUCGUUUGACUAA